AUGGCCGACCAACUCGAGUAUCGCCGUCUCUCACUUCACCAAGACGGCCGCUUCCUCCGCUGUCGUGUCAUUGCGUCCACUGCAGUGCCCGAAAAUCAGCGCAUGGAGGGCAGCUGCUACGGCGACCAGUGCGAGACGUACGUGGCCGAUGUCAAAGUGACUUCGGCCACGCCGCUGUACGAAAAGAGACAACUGCCACAAGUACCACCGCGGUACCUCUGUCGACACUGCCAGGUGCUGCAAGAAGGACCGCGGCGCAACGUCCUCUACGGCAAAGACUCCUCCGGCUCGUCGACCAAGCUAUUUGUCAACCACCACUGUGUCGGUGCGUAG